AUGGAUGAGUUGAUUGAUGUACUUGGAUUCCCAAAGGCUUUUGAUAAGCCUGUUGUUAAAGACUCCAUGGGAACCCAGGUGCUAGGUGUGGUGUAUAUCAGCCUGGACUUAGAAAAGCAGAAGGCUGAAGCAGUGCAAGGUAUCCAGCUGGGGUAUGAGGAAUGUCACAGGAACCUUAUUGGACAGCCCACAAAGAGUAAGCGUCCAAAAGAACCUGGGGAAAACAAAAUUAAGCCUGUCAACAAAAAAGUAAAACCCAAAAUCCCCAAAAUGAAGGAGAGAGAAUCUGCUGACUCCUCUCUGAAGUCCCAGUCCAUACUGACACAGGUGAUGGAUAAAGGCCAUUUCCAGAAACUAGCUGCUACUUUAAGCCUGUCUGCAGGACAAAGCAUAGAACUGCGAUGUAAGGGGAGUAAUGUUACUUGGAACUAUCCUUCAUACUUAGACACCUUUAAAGACUCCAGACUCAGUAUAAAGCAGCUUGACAGGUACGGUCAGCUGAUCCUCGCAAAUUCCACUGCAGCAGACACAGGUGAAUAUAGCUGCUGGCUUCAGCUGUGCAGCGGUAACAAAUGCAGGAAGGAUGAGACUAAAACAGGUUCAACGUACAUCUUUUUCACAGAUAAAGAGGAACUUUUUGUACCUACUCCCAGUUACUUUGAGAUUGUCUACCUGAACCCAGAUAAACCUGCAGUCAUCCCAUGCCGUGUUACUACUCCUUCAGCAAAAGUAACUCUACACAGGGAAUUUCCAGCAGAAGAAAUUGAAACAGAUGGAACUGAUAUUAUUUAUGAUGUGAAGAAGGGUUUUGUCUACCAGCACCCUACUUCUGAUCAUAAAGGUAUUGUCUACUGCAAAGCAGAGUCACAGGGAGCACCUCAGAUUUCCAUCAAGUAUCACCUCCUGUAUGUGGAAGUUCCCAAGGGCCCGCCCUCAACCACAAUUGCGGCGUCACCCAAUAGAGCAGAAGUCAGUGACAGCGUUCAUGUGAUCUGCACAGUCCUUGGGGAGCCAGAUGUAGAUGUGACUUUCAGGUGGCAGUACCCAGGGCAAGAGCCUGAGAGGCCUGUGAUUAUCCAAAACUUCUGGAGACUGAUAAACAGAGGAACUGGACACACCACAAGAAUCUCAAAGAGUGUUCUUCUUGUUGAGGAUUUUGAAGCCAGAGAUGCUGGAAACUACAUCUGUAUAGCUCAGAACCUACAAGGAGAAACAACGGUAGCUACUAAAGUUGAACUAAAUUGAUAGGAAAGGCUUCUGGACACGGAAUGAACUCUAUGUUAUUUGACAUUAUAGCCAUUUAUUUUCUUUAUUAAUGUUUAAAUGAAGUUUUCUCUA